AUGUCGACUCCAAGUUGGGGCAAGCAAUGUCCCAUACAUAAACACACAUCGGAGUGCGUAUCGCUAGAGGAAGUCUCGUCGACAUGGGUCGCAUUCGAAUCGCUGCGGCUGGCGAGGCAUCGAGUGGCCGUCAAUCACUUCUGGAACCUUGCCCUUGAAUGCACGGAGAUGGAGCCUCGACUCAAGGAUUCAUUUCGAGUGCAGAAGCCCUCAGAAGAUACUACGCUUUACGACUUUAUCUGUGACAUUCUUGCCAAAGGAGAGCCCGCACACAUACUCGAGCUUCGUCAAUGGAGUGACUUCAGGCUCGGGGCCACAAUAUCCCCCUCUUCCUCAGACGGUCUGCGAGACGUUCCAAACCCCACGUUUUCGUCGUUUCACGGGCUCUUCCGAGGCCAGAUUCACCUCGUCCUCCUGCGAUCUAUCGACCGAUAUGUCGCCAAGAUCAGUCACAAGGCUUGGGAAACAAAUGACCCAGGACCGUCUGAGAUUCAUGGCACCGACGACUCCCACUUUCUCUGUCCCUCGUCGUCUUUCGUCCAAGCGUCAGGCACCGGCAAGUCGAGGACCUGCUACGAGGCAAGUCGAGAACGCUGCUCGUUUUCUUUGUGCCUACGGGAGAGCGACCGGACUGUUUUUUCAUUUCCCCCCGCUGAUGCACAGUACCGUGAUGCGCUACUAUCAGGCAUUGAUACCACGAGCCAUGAAACCACCCAUCGACAUGUAGCAGCUCACAUUACUGCUCUUUUCAAGGUCCUUCGCCUCACCCUUGACAAGACUGAUUUCACAAAUUGGAAAAAAAAACACCCCGACUCGUCUUUGUCGGAAUACCUCCAUCAGCUUUUUACCGACGAUUGGUCGAUGACGACCCCUAGCAACAAGAAAACGGAAUUGCUCUCCCAAGUAGCGCAGGAGGCUGUUGCAAUCGCGACGAAAUUUAGAGCCGGUAGUUGGCGAGACAUGGAGGGCACUUGUUUCAAUGCCGCAAAAGAUUUCCUAAUUGAACUCAUUGCGACGGAGCCAGAUGCUUGUCGAAGACACAAAUAUGCCCCGGGCUCUGAGUCACAGGGUGCGGAGUUCAUCAUCUUCAUUGACGAGGCGCAUACCAUCGCAAACAUCGAUGUCGCAACCCCCUAUAAUCUCAGCGACUCUGAACGCUCGCAGUCAGCAUUAGCCAUCUACGAACGUAUACUUCGCUGGCUGCAUGGCCUACCAAUUUUUUUUGUAUUCCUCUCGACCAGCUCAAAGGUUGAUCGGAUCUUGACUCCGUUGACCAAAAUUUCAUCAUUUCGCGAAGACUCGCGCCACCGAGUCUUUCCUGCGAUAACCGAAAUUGUUGGAUUCGACCUAACAAGUCAACAUGUUGCAACUGGAAUCAUCGAAACAAAAUUCACUCUCAAAUCCUUGGACAGCCCUGAAUUAGCAGUGUCCUUUGGGCGACCAUUGUGGUUCUCGCUGUUUGAAACGGUUGCGGCAACAGCUGAUCCGACAUCUCACUCGCCAAUGCGUCAAGUCCUACAUCUGGCUCACGAGAAGAUGUCAUUGGUUGCCGAUGCCAAAGCGGAAAUCAGAACAACCGCCAUCCUCUCAUGGCUUUCACAACGGUAUCUGCUCCGGUUUGACGUCACUUCAAGCAGAGGCGAGAAACUCGCAAACGACCUUAUCCAGACGUACAUGCGUAUGGUGCUUGCGAUAUCAGAGGAUCGCAGACAAGUUAUGUCUGUUGCACCUUCAGAACCGGUUCUUGUCGAAGUUGCAACCCAGCUUCUUAUCCAUCAUAAGGUCGAUGUUCCGGCCAUUCUCAUGCAGGCGCUUUCAACUGCAUUGCUGGCGAAAGGCGAGAGAGGAGAGUUGGUCUAUCGUUAUCUUCAUCUGAAAGCCCACGAUGCAGUUCAUCAACAACGCAUUACAGCCCCUCUGGAAAUGACCAACAAGUUUGUCUUUCAUCGACGAGUAUCAUUUCUUGCAUGGUGUAAAAUGCUAUUCACCGACGAUGCCUAUGCCGAAUUGAUGAAGUCCCGGCCAGUCCAAUCCGAUGGCAAUGCUCAGAGCUUUGAAGAUGCGUUCAAAAAUGCAUGGAUGUUUACAUCCCACUUUGCUCAAGCGCAAGAUUCCGACGUCAUUACCCUGGCACAAUUAUACAAAUGCACCUUUCGAGGUGUUGCUCUGCAAUGCAAAGACAACCAGGAGGCUGUUGAUUUUGUAUUUGGGCUGAUAUUUGCGAAAGAGGAGGACGAGCUCAUCAACAUCAGCAAGUUUGCACCUGUGGAAUUCCAGAUCAAAAAUUGCGUUAUCUCAAUCGACAUCCCUCCUAUCACAAGACGGAUCACAGACCCCACCCACCUAUGCAAGCAGCCAACAUUGACUAUCGUUCUACAACUUGGAACUGGUCAUGGUGAUGUACAUGCAUUACAUCAGGCUGCACGGAGUACCCGCAAAACAAUCCGUUUCCAGCACUACGACAACCAUUAUCAGGUCGUCGUUACUGGCCUCAAAGCGUUCAGAAUGUCAGGCGAGGACGAGCUCAAGCAAGUCACUUCUCUGCUUGAUUUCAGAACUACGAUAACCGGGAUGCCACGAAUGGACAUCACAGAAAACCGCGAGCUACAAAAUAAUAUUGGAGCCGGCAUCAACAUGGCAAACAUCGCGCAUUGGGGUCCCGUGCUCGACUCAGACCCAAAACUCAAAUCGGAAAAGCGACCCCUUGAUGGUGCCCACUCGGAGAAGGUUGGAUCGCCGAAAAAAAGGAAAGAGACUGUUUAG